GACGCAAUCUAAGACGUGGGGAAAGGUGGUUGUGUAUAUAAUAUUGUUCAGAGAUACAUCUGACGAAGAGAGAGGGAGAGGGAGAGGGAGAGGGAGAGGCGGUGAUCAUGGCGGCUAAGUUUCUGUCGCUGGCGUGUUUGAGGAACGAGAGUAGUAGCCAUGGAGAUUUAUCGCCGAGGCCUCACUACCCGUCGAUGCCCAAGUAUCCGAAAGGCGUAUCCUCCGAUGAGGAGAAGAACAUGGAGGGUUCGGAGGCCAAGGCCUUGUUCUCCGUCAUCGGAAUGACUUGCUCUGCUUGCGCUGGCUCAGUCGAGAAGGCCGUGAAGCGCCUUCCCGGAAUCAAAGAGGCCGUCGUUGAUGUCCUCAACAACAGAGCUCAGGUCAUGUUUUACCCAAGUUUCGUCAAUGAGGAAACAAUUCGAGAAACCAUUGAAGAUGUUGGAUUUCAGGCGACAUUGGUUGAAGAUGAGAUGAAUGAGAAAUCCACUCAAGUAUGUCGAAUACAGAUUAAGGGCAUGACUUGUACUUCUUGCUCUACAACUGUUGAAUCUGCUUUGCAAUUAGUACCUGGUGUACAAAAAGCCCAAGUUGCAUUGGCAACUGAAGAAGCAGAAAUUUGUUAUGAUCCAAAGAUCGUCAGCUACAACAAGCUAAUAGAUGUCAUAGAAAAUACUGGGUUUGAAGCAAUAUUAAUUAGUACAGGGGAAGAUAGGAACAAAAUACAGUUAAAAAUUGAUGGAGUUCGGACUGAUAAUUCAAUGAGAAUAAUUGAAAAUUCUCUUCAAGCACUUCCAGGAGUUCAAGAUAUAGAUAUUGAUCCUGAGCUCAAAAAAUUUUCCCUUUCUUACAAACCAGAUUUGACAGGACCUAGAGAUUUUAUUCAAGUUAUCGAGUCUACUGGGUCAGGGCGUUUCAAAGCAAUGAUAUUCCCUGAAGGAGGAGGAAGAGAAGCCCAUAGACAGGAGGAAAUUAAGCAGUACUAUAAAUACUUUCUGUGGAGCUUGGUGUUUACAAUUCCUGUUUUCUUAACCUCUAUGGUCUUUAUGUAUAUCCCUGGACUCAAGCAUGGAUUGGAUACUAAAGUUGUGAAUAUGCUUACUGUGGGAGAGAUUUUAAGGUGGGUGUUAUCUAGCCCUGUUCAGUUCAUUAUUGGCCAACGAUUCUACACUGGUUCUUACAAAGCACUGCGCCAUGGUUCUGCCAACAUGGAUGUUUUGAUUGCCUUGGGAACAAAUGCAGCCUACUUUUAUUCAGUCUACUCAGUGUUGAGGGCUGCAACUUCUCCAAAUUUCAAGGCCACAGAUUUCUUUGAGACUAGUGCGAUGCUCAUUUCAUUUAUUUUACUUGGAAAGUAUUUGGAGGUUUUGGCCAAAGGAAAGACAUCUGAGGCCAUUGCAAAACUUAUGGACUUGACUCCUGACACAGCAAUAUUGUUGAGCCUUGAUAAUGAAGGAAAUGUAAUACGUGAAGAAGAAAUUGAUAGUCGGUUGAUACAAAAGAAUGACGUGAUUAAAGUUAUUCCAGGUGCAAAAGUAGCAUCAGAUGGUUUUGUCAUUUGGGGGCAAAGCCAUGUAAAUGAGAGCAUGAUUACAGGAGAAGCCCGGCCAGUGGCGAAGAGAAAGGGCGAUUCAGUGAUUGGAGGCACUGUGAAUGAGAAUGGUGUUUUACAUAUUAAGGCAACUCGGGUUGGAUCAGAGAGUGCUCUUUCGCAAAUUGUUCGGCUCGUUGAAUCAGCACAGAUGGCUAAAGCCCCAGCACAGAAAUUUGCUGAUCGCAUUUCCAAAUUCUUUGUGCCUCUUGUUAUAAUGCUAUCCCUUUCCACUUGGCUUGCCUGGUUUUUAGCUGGAAAGUUCAAUGGCUACCCAAAAUCUUGGAUACCUUCUUCCAUGGAUAGCUUUCAGCUUGCACUGCAGUUUGGCAUCUCUGUCAUGGUCAUUGCCUGCCCAUGUGCUCUGGGUUUGGCCACACCCACUGCUGUUAUGGUUGGUACUGGAGUUGGUGCUUCUCAAGGUGUCCUAAUUAAAGGGGGACAAGCACUAGAAAGUGCACACAAGGUGAACUGCAUUGUCUUUGACAAGACUGGAACUCUCACUAUUGGCAAGCCGGUGGUUGUUAACACAAGGCUCUUGAAAACUAUGGUACUUCGAGAAUUCUAUGAACUGGUUGCAGCAGCUGAGAUUAACAGUGAGCAUCCCUUGGCCAAGGCCGUUGUUGAGUAUGCAAAGAAAUUCCGAGAAGAUGAAGAGAAUCCAGUUUGGCCAGAAGCCCGAGACUUUGAAUCCAUCACUGGCCAUGGAGUGAAGGCCAUUGUUCAGAACAAGGAAAUAAUUGUGGGAAACAAGGGCUUGAUGAUGAAUGAAAACAUUUUCAUUCCUGUCGAUGCUGAAGAAAUACUUGCAGAAACUGAAGGCUUGGCUCAAACUGCUAUACUCGUAGCUAUGGACAGGGAGCUGGUUGGAGUGCUUGCCAUUUCUGAUCCAUUGAAGCCUGGUGCUCGUGAAGUCAUUUCCAUUCUCAAGUCCAUGAAAGUCAGAAGUAUAAUUGUGACCGGUGACAAUUGGGGAACGGCCAAUUCAAUUGCCAAUGAAGUUGGAAUUGACACUGUAGUUGCAGAAGCCAAGCCUGAGCACAAAGCGGAGAAAGUGAAGGAAUUACAGGGUUCAGGCUACAUUGUGGCAAUGGUGGGAGAUGGAAUCAAUGACUCACCAGCACUGGUAGCCGCAGAUGUUGGAAUGGCAAUUGGUGCCGGAACAGACAUUGCUAUUGAGGCAGCUGACAUUGUUCUCAUGAAGAGCAACUUGGAGGAUGUAAUAACUGCCAUUGACCUAUCCAGGAAAACCUUUUCCCGUAUACGUCUCAACUACAUUUGGGCUCUGGGUUACAAUCUCCUUGGCAUCCCAAUCGCUGCUGGAGUCCUUUUCCCAUCCACUGGAUUUCGAUUACCACCAUGGAUUGCUGGAGCUGCAAUGGCUGCCUCUUCGGUUAGUGUUGUUUGCUGCUCUCUCUUGCUUAAGUAUUACAAAAGACCCAAUAGGCUUGACAACCUUGAGAUAAGAGGAAUAACAGUCGAGUGAGAGUAUGAUGAUGGUGUUAAAUUUACCGUUGUGUAUAAGCUAUGUCGUGUUAAAAGUUGCUUGGAAUAAAUUUUGACUAAGUUGUAGAUAGGUCAAUGAAUGUAAAUAGAGUGAAGUUGCUUGCUAUGUCAUGAUGUAGUUCAGAUUGUUUGAAAUUAGAAGUGUGUCUCUCUUCUUGAUUGUACAAUUGACAUCUGCUUAAUAUAUCAGGGUUUAUCUUCAUCAUUC